UUUCUCGAGAGAUUUCAGGUGUUUUUGUGUUGAUCGGUGAAAUGUCGGGAUUUUCCGGGAAUUCUCUAUGAACUACAAUGGUUGCGGAAAUGGUGAUGAAGGUUUGGACGACUGGAGAGGUCGUUCAGGUGUCGGUAAUGUCACUGGCGAAUGAUUCCUUCAGAGAAGCUUCCAUGGCUUCUCUGAAGGAAAUUGCCUCCUCCACUCCGUUAUACAUACGAUGUGUAUACUUUGUCUACUUGCAUGUAGUUUUCGUCCAUUAGAGAAGGGACCUCGAUCUACCUCUUCAUGGCAAAUCUUUCUGAGAUUGCCGCAGCUGAAAUUAUACCCUCCAAGCUUUUGGAGCAUUAAGUAACUAUGCUCUGUUGGAGAACAUCGGGAGGCAUUUGUCGGCAGUGCAAAAGCCAUACACUUGCGUUCAUUGGAUGGCAAUGUGUAAUGCCGUGUACAUGCCAUCCCGGCCCGCUUGGUAGUUCACCUUCACGAUAAUGACCCUUGUGUUAGACAGGCUUGUCCGGUGUUCGGUGUGCUGGUUAGCAAGAUGAGCCGGCCCUCGGCCGUAGUUGUAAGAGCACCAUACUCGUUGGCCCUCGAGUUGUUACUAAAAUCAACCAAAUCAAUGCCAUGGAGAAAACAUUCGACUUCAUAGGACCGAUUCAGGGAAAUGAUGCAGGGGAGAGAGUCACAAGAGGACAGCCUCACAUUCACUUAGAGAAAAGGGUAAACUUGGGGAGAAGUUACGGAGCUCGAGCUUGCCAUAUUCAAGCUUCUUAGCUAUACUCGAGAGGCCGAUAAAACCACCAUGGCUCAGCCUCCUCUUCACUUUGUUCUCUUCCCUUUCAUGGCUCAAGGCCAUAUGAUCCCGAUGGUUGAUAUCGCAAGGCUCUUGGCUCAGCGCGGUGUGAUCAUAACCAUUGUCACGACACCUCACAACGCAGCCCGGUUCAAGAAUGUCAUUACCCGAGCCAUCCAAUCAGGGCUGCCGAUAAACCUAGUGCAGUUGAAGUUCCCUUACCAAGAAGCGGGUUUGCCCGAAGGGCACGAGAAUAUGGACUUGCUGGAUUCGGUGGGAGCAUCUAUGGCGUUUUUUAAAGCGGUUAACUUGCUCGAAGAACCCGUUGAGAAACUCAUGGAAGAGAUGAAUCCUCGACCAAGCUGCAUAAUUGGGGAUAUGUGUUUGACAUACACCAGUAACCUUGCCAAGAAGUUCAAGAUUCCAAAGAUCGUCUUCCAUGGCAUGGGAAGCUUUUGCCUCCUCGUCAUGUGUGCCAUACGUCAAUCCGGGAUCUUGGAAACAAUAGAGUCCGAGAAGGAGUACUUCACGGUUCCGGACUUUCCCGACAGGGUCGAAUUUACAAAGCCUCAACUUCCAAUGGUCACUUAUGCUCUUGGUGAUUGGAAAGAUUUCUUGGACGAGCUGCUAGAAGCGGAUAACAAGUCAUACGGUGUGAUCGUGAACACAUUCCAAGAACUCGAGCCUGCCUACGUGAGGGAGUACAAGAAGGCGAGGGCGGGUAAAGUAUGGACCAUCGGGCCUGUCUCCUUAUGCAACGAGGUGGGGUUAGACAAAGCCGAGAGAGGAAACGAAGCGGCCAUUGAUCAAGAAAAAUGUCUCAAAUGGCUUGAUUCUCGAGAACCCGGUUCAGUACUCUACGUUUGUCUUGGGAGUCUCUGCAACCUACCGCUGGCUCAGCUCAAAGAGCUCGGGCUAGGCCUUGAAGAAUCCGGAAGAUCCUUCAUUUGGGUGAUAAGAGGUGGGGAGAAGUACAUCGAGUUACAGAAAUGGAUUUCGGAAAGCGGGUUUGAAGGAAGAGUCGAGGAAAGAGGGCUUCUCAUCAAAGGAUGGGCGCCUCAAGUGCUUAUCCUUUCACACCCUUCGGUCGGAGGGUUCUUGACGCAUUGCGGAUGGAACUCUACUCUCGAAGGGAUCACCGCGGGGAUUCCGCUGCUGACUUGGCCCCUUUUCGGGGACCAAUUCUGCAACGAGAAAUUAGUCGUCGGGAUCCUAAAAACCGGGGUGAGAUCGGGCGUGGAAGUGCCUAUGAAAUGGGAUGAAGAGGAGAAGAUAGGGGUGUUGGUCGACAAAGAUGGGAUCAAAAGUGCAGUGGAGGAGCUAAUGGGUGAAAGUGAUGAGGCAAAUGAGAGAAGGAGAAGAGCCAGAGAGCUUGGAGAGUUAGCCAACAAGGCCGUGGAAGAAGGAGGCUCUUCCCAUUCUAACAUCACACUGCUCAUACAAGACAUCAUGCAGCAGGGUUCAGUCCAGUAAUUGAUUCAGUGAGUUGUCCUAGAAAUAAAAUAAAAAACAACUCGAAAAACGUAUUUUUACA